AUGUUGAUCAAGGAGAGCUUUGCAGACGUGCAGACCUUGGCCAACGGCAAGGAGAGCACAAUGAGGAUCUUUUUGUUCCAUCCCACCAUUGCAGGCUAUCCCAAUGCUCGCUUUCCAGGGGUUGUUCUAUUCAGUGAGAUUUACCAAGUGACUGGCCCUGUUGCUCGUUUUGCCAGGCAGAUUGCUGGCCAGGGCUACAUUGUUGCCGCUCCCAGCAGCUACCAUGAUUUUACCGGCCCAGAGCCCCUAGCGUACGAUGUGCCAGGCACGGACAAGGGAAAUGAGUGGAAAAUAACAAAGACCCUCGAUUCCUACGACGAAGACUCAACCAAGUCGGUGGACUAUCUUCUUUCCCUCCCGACAUGCACUGGCCGUAUCGGAGCCACCGGGAUGUGUCUAGGCGGGCACCUAGCCCUCCGUGCCAGUCUCGACACCCGCAUCACAGCCUCAGUCUGCUACUUCCCCACGGACAUCCACACCCGCACUCUCGGCCCGCACAACGGUCCCGACUCCUCCCCCACCCCUUCAAGCACCAACAGCCCCCACACCCUCGACCGCCUCCACCAAAUCCGCGGCGAGGUCUCCCUCAUCUUCGGCAUCAAAGACACACACGUGCCCGACGCCGGCCGCGAUCUCAUCCGCGCCAAGAUGCGCGAGGCCAAGACGACGUUUAGUUUUCAUGAGUUUGCGUGGGCGCAGCACGCUUUUAUUCGUGAUGAGCUUAGUAAAGGCCGGUAUGACCCUGCUGUGAGCCGGGCGUGCUUUGAGGUGUUGCUGGAGGUGUUUGGAAGGGUAUUGAAGACGGAGUUGGGGGAGGCGGAGGGGGGUGUGCCGGAGGUGGAACAUGUUUGUUGA